UCUCAGUCUCCCCUUUGAAAUCUAUUCUAUUCAAAUAUAAAUAUUCUAUUUUGUAUAAAAUUAAAUCAACAACUUAACGUUUUAAAUAUCCUUACAAAAUGUGCGAAGUACAGAAUAUGCUGGAUGGCCUGUGCCAAAUGUUUAGAGAUGCCAAGGAGCGUCGUCAUCUGGGAAUGAUAGGAAUUCUAGAAAAGGUACGAUGCUGUGAGUGUGGUCAUCAGAAGCGUUUGGAAAAUGUGCGGAAGUGUCAGGCUUUAUUAUGCGAAAAGACAGAAACAUCUACAAUCACAGUUCGGGGAAUGCUGAUUGCCUGCUUUGUCCUGAUAGUCCUACUCUGCGUAUACUUAAUAUAUGUGGCACGGCGGUACAAUCAUGUGCGUGCCUAUGGAUCCAAUGCCUGCGGAUCCUUCUUGUUCUAUAGCUUCAACGAUUGUGAAGUGAUUUGUUAAAGAGCUUAAUUUAGCCAUUAUGUUUUACUAUAUAUAUUUGUUAUAUUGUUAAAAUUAAAGAGCUUCCUUUGCACAAUCAA